AUGGCUGCUAACGAACCGUUACUGAGCACGAGGGCCCAGCGGGCCUUCAUUGGCACCGUUGUACUCCAGGCGGUAGUGGUGCUAGUGAUGGUUGCAAUCUCUUUCAAGUUUGUAGAGGAGCACGUAGACUACACUCUGAACCGAUACAAGACACUGCCAUGUUAUCUGGCGCUUUUCGUUCUAGCUGAAAUCUUCGAGCUUUUGAUGGCUUUGGAUGCCCUUCGAUUACGAAAUGUUAUUCAGCUGAUUGGCCUCUUAUGCUUCCAAGGGGGUAUGAUCGUGAUGGCUGCAUUGCAAGUGCACGAGACGCGUACUGCAUUGGUAAUAUAUCCAUCGGAAGAUGGGUCGCAGAAUUACGUGAAUGGUGGUGGCCCGGGGACGCUCUGGCGGAAAAUCGAGCCGUUCCUCAUCGUUUCUCCCAUCAUGAUUGCAGUGUCUUGGGCGGCCCUUAUUUUCUUCUUCCGAGAAUUGUACCGCGAGUUCGGUUGGGCAAUUUUUCAUGUCGUCGGAGCCAACCCAGCCAUGAAAACCAUGUAUCAAUUUUAUCAGAUCAUGGUUUGCUUGUUGAAGUUUGAUUUUUUUGCCUUCAUUGGCGUCUCAAUACAGCUUCUCAUUGUGGUCCUACAAGACAACACCGCAGAGUUCGGCCUGACGGUGGCUGCGAUUCCUGUGGUGUUGAUCCUUCUCUUGAUUGCGGGCGUUGCGGUGCAACGCGAGAUCAAAUGGUCAGCUCAUGUCGGUCUCGCUAGCUCUCAUGUUGGCGGCGCAAACGUAUUUCAGUACGUGUUUCAAUCAUACGGGCGUCCAUGUAUUUCCUUGAACAGCGGCGUUAUAGUCUAUAAGCUCGUGCGUUUCUAUGAACCCAGCUCAUCAGAGCAAUAUCUUUCCACGAGGGCCACUUUAACUGUAUUCACUAUCAUUGCUUCGCUAUUAAUGUUUGCAACAUUCGGCGUAGGUGUCCGCUGUUUCCACGACUUCGACAAAGGCCUGCAAAAUUCAAAGAUGCACGGUCAGUAUUACAAGCCUGUUGCAACGCAACUCAGAGAGAACUUAUUCGGAUUUGGUAAUGCUAUUCUGUUCCUUCAAGGUGUGACCUGGAACCACAAAUACUUAUCGUCAUUCCUCAACCACCCAGGAGAAACGGCUGAUCGCAAGUCUUCGUACAACGCUGGUACCGCAUUGCAGCAACGGAUAUCAAUUGAAUGA